GAACCAUCCGGAAACUACCUCAGAGAGGGACUGCAGAAUCAGAAGCGAGUGGAACAUGUCGUUUAGCCCUCCUUACUGGUACUGCGGCUGCUGCAACUAAUUGUGCUAAAAGGUGAUGGAUUGAAGACACCCAGACCAAAAUAAAACAUCAAUUAUCCAGAACCGACUGGUGCUCAACCACUCAGAGGACACUUCAGAAGAGGGACAGCCAUGGCAACUGUGUCUUUCAUGCUGGCUGUGUGGCUUCUGCAGCUGACCAUACUACAAGGUGCUGCCAACUCAACAGCAGGGUGUGGAAAACCAAUAAACUCUCCACGAAUUGUUGGUGGCCAACCAGCCUCAAAUGGGUCGUGGCCCUGGCAGGUCAGCAUUUUACAGAACCUUUAUCCUAUUUGUGGAGGAUCCCUCAUAGCCGAGCAAUGGGUGCUCUCAGCAGCUCACUGCUUCUUCAACAGAAUGGGGUCCAUGUUCCAAUACAAUGUCCUCCUAGGUGCCUAUCAGCUCUCAAACCUCUCAGAUAAUGCAGUGAUAUCUGACGUGGAGCAGAUUAUCCUCCACCCUGACUACAAUGGCAUGGAUGCCUCCAGUGGAGAUAUUGCUUUAAUUAAGCUGAAGUCCCCUGUGAAGUUCACCAACUACACCCUCCCCAUCUGCCUGCCAGAGUCCUCUACACAGUUCCCUUUGAACGAAUACUGCUGGGUGACCGGAUGGGGAGAUAUUCGAUCAGACGUGCCUUUGCCAGAUCCACGAACCCUCCAGGAAGUCAAGGUGCCACUCAUAAUUCGAGAAAUCUGCAAUAUUCUCUAUAACAGUCGCCCAGUGAUAGGCCUGGGCAGGGAUCCUAUCAAGCAGGAUAUGAUCUGUGCUGGUUACCCAGAAGGUGGGAAAGAUUCCUGCCAGGGUGACUCUGGAGGACCUUUGGUUUGCCAACUUGAAGGAGUUUGGACCCAGGCUGGGGUUGUAAGUUGGGGAGUUGGCUGUGGUGGAAGCGACCACCCUGGUGUCUACACCUUAGUGCCUUUCUAUGCUAACUGGAUCCAAGACAAGAUGAGUGGUAGAAAUGGGAGUGGCGGCAAAAGCGACCAACUACACAACACCCGUGUUGUGACAUUCACUUUGGUAUCUCUUCUGCUAGCCCUUCUGUGAAAAACCAAUCUAUUGGCUUUCCGUUUUACCUAUAAUUACCUGGAAUAUUUAGGCUGCUGGAGGACUCUGUU